AUGAGUACAGGCGUGGAUGGAAAGGAGCCAAGUAAAGAAAAUAACUCAGAUUCACCAAAGAGAAAUGUAAUUAGAAAGUAUGGCAGAGCGCGUCCAGCAGAAGCAGCACAAGAAGUUAGCGCAACCAGUCAUUUCGCUCAAGAACAACAGCAGAAACCAUACGAAAGCAAUAUGUUAGAUAGUGAUGAUGAAGGCGGUGAAGACGCGUCUUAUGCUGAUCUAAGAAAGGAAUUGGGUAUUGGUGGAUGGAACGAUGAAGUUGAGGCUAUAGACGCGAUGCCAGAAGAGCAGCUGCGUACACUUCCAGCUAACCUAAUUGACGAGUUUGAUAGCGACGGCGAGGAAACUCAAAGUGCUCAUAAGGAGAAGGAGAAGGAGAAUGGAGAGGAUUUCAGUCUUUCCAUGGCAGAGCAACGUCAGCUAGUUGAGAAAGAGGAGGGGAGCACUGAUCACAAUCCUCAAGAGUCGCGUUUACCGCUGCCGUUUGAGGAAGAGGAAAUGGAUUUCACGGCUGACAGGAUCAAGAAGCCGAAGGGACUUAACAAGAAGGAAGUCGAUAAUUUACAUCGUGAAACAGCGAGGAUGGUCAGAGAUCAAAACGUCAGACUGGAAUCACGCAGCGAUAAGAUGACCUUAGCUGAUUAUUACGCAAAGCUAGCGAUAAAGAGAGGUCACGCUGAAAACAAGGCAGAAGAAACGGUCCAAGCUGAUGAGGAACAACCCCCAGAAACCACCCUACUCACAACAUCCAAAGACACACCAGCAGAGCACGCAAAGGCUGACAAAGAUUUAGAUCAUCAACCAGAAGAAGACAUUCUCGUGCAGCAAGACAUUGACGCGAAGAAGACACAACAAUCAGAAAAGUUAAGACAUCUCAAAGUCAAGGCUCUCGAAAGCGCACAUCAAAAGAGCCAACAACUUAAAAAAUCAAACAAAGAGCAAGACGUUGAUGAAGAUAUUGAAAUACUUGCAGAUGAGUCUGCUGUUGGUCCAGUCGCCCGUACUGCCGGUGCACGUUUGGGUGCUGGACAUGAAGACGCUACCAGUAAAAUGUCAGCUAAGCGUCGCUGGGAUAGUCGUGAAGCCCAUAAAAUCAGGAAGUUUGUUGGCAUUUCUGAGCGUGGUGGAUCAGGUGCCAAGAGGCGCAGAAGCAGUGAAGGCACACCAAACAAAAAGGGAAAAAUGCUCACGAAUGAGGAAUUAAUGGAGAGUAUCAGACAGAAGACACUUAAUCAGGAACUCCAAUUUAAGGAUCAUGUGGAAGAGCUCGAACGUGUGCGCAAGAAUAAAUACAACAUACCUAAACCCAAGACGGAGCUGUCUGAGCGCAUUGAUCCGGUAGAGGCGGCCAUUAAACGUGCUGAAAGAAAGUCGGAAAUAUAUGCUGAUAUUGGAGCUGAUGAUGGAGUAGACAGUGACGACGAUGCUGAGGACGAAGACUGGGCGGGAUCGGCUGAUGAAGAGGAAGAUAAGCCAGCGAUUGCAUCAGGCUCUGAACGAGGAUCAGAAGAACCUGACGAGAAUGAGAUAGAGAAGGAAAACCACUCAUCCUUCUCAUCUAAUGCUACGAGUGGCAGACCCGAAAACACUCGCAAACCUCUAGGAGAAGCAACCGGACAUGCCUAUGAUAAUGCCAGCGAUGAUAGCGACGGAGAAGUUCGCGGAUAUAGGCGGAUAAGGAGGAUUAUCAAUGAUGACAAGGAUGAGGAGCAAAAUGAGGCUAGUAAGAUUGAGGGUAGAUUGGAGUCACCAUUUGAAGAUAAUUCACAGCCUGAGUUUUACAUGAAUGAGGAUGGGCUGCUGACACAGUCGAAGCCGUCAAUGGAAUUCGCUGAGGAGGGUAUGCAAGUGGAUAGAACUGAAGAAGUCAAUCAUGGUAAUCAGCUCAGACGCAGAUCAUAUGUGAGUGAUAAUGACGAUGAGGGUUAUGUAGCGAGGAAGCCAAUGAGACAGACACAGCAAGCAACUCAAGCGACUCAACCAACCCAGGUAACGGAAGCAACUCAAGCAGCCACACAACCAGCCACAGAAAUCAAGACACAGCAGCUUACGCAAAUUGAACCAAUACCGACAAUGAAAGAAUCAACGCAAGCCACUCAAGCUAAACAAACCAUCCAAGCACCAGCCAGCCCAUCUUACAGCGACAGUGACAGUGAGCAAGAGCAACCACCAAAACCAUCGAGGAGUGCAUUCGAUACACUCAAGAAGGGAAUGAAGAGGCAGGAAGAGAGGCAGAAGCGACCAAUUGAUCCGCGCUACUUUGAAGCACAAGCUGAGAUAUCUGAUGAGGACAACCUGGUAGGAUUGAUUAGUGAUGAUGAAGAAGAUGACGAAAGAAACAAUCGCCAAUUAGAUGAGCUGGUGAAUGACGACAGGGUGGCACGGGAGACGCGCGACAAGCAGGAUAAGUUGGCUACCGAGAAGUACCAAGAGCAGUUAAAAGAGGACGAUGAACUGGAUAAGAAGGUAGCGCAAAAUGCUGCAGAUGGUCGGUAUAGAUAUAGGAGGAGACAUCGUAAUGAGGAUGGAUUGGAGAUGAGUAGUGAUGACGAUGAUAUCGAGUUCAUGAAGGCGCAGGAACAAUUGGCGACUAGGUUGGCAAAGAGAAGAAGGAAACAGGCUGGAGAAGAGCCGAUGGAGAGAUAUGCUCGUAAUCCUAGAACUGCUGCUUUCGUCGCUGCGUUCGAGGCGCCUGCGAAUGCUGAAGAUUUUGAAGCGGACUUUGAUGUGGAACAUACAGGUGGACCUUUGAUCGAGCAGCCGGAGCAUAGGAAGGAUAGUGAAAACAGUGCCAGCGACAGCGUAGAUGAGGAUGAGGAUAGUGAUGUAUCUGAAAGUACACAUCAAAAUGACAGCGUUAGGGUGAAAAAGCAGAUGACGUUGAAGGAAGAAGCAGCAGCAAUGCGCAAUUUCAUGGAAAGGAAACACGCGUACGAAAACAUACAGUCGAGCGACUCGGAAGACGAGAGCCAGGCUAUGCAGUUCGUCAGGAAGGGCGAUCCGGGUAAGCAGAAGCAGAAGCCGCGCAUCGAGAGGCGGGAGAAUGAUGACGAGGAUACUGUGCCGUCGUACGCCAAGGGUCGUAGACCGCUUUCGCCACGCUCGUUGAGCAAGUUGAAGAAAUAUGCGCAAGACGAAGGUAGUGGGGUCAACUACUCUGCUGGCGGGGGAAGGAAGGGAGUGACAUCGUUUUUGUCAGAAUCAAAUAGCGCUGGAGUUAAGAAGAAGCAUCAGAGUGCGUCCAAGACGAAGCCAUUGCAGUCGCAAUCGCAGCAGUCAUCGCAAUCGAAGCCAUCGUCCAAACUAAGUUCGUUCGGGAAGUGGAGUUGA